AUGGUCCAGCAAUGUUCUCAGCAACGGCCCGUUCAGAACAGCGAGGUCUACGUGCUCAGAAAGGCUCCGCCUUUCCCAGCUUUCUCCCCUCCCUCUCCCAUUACGCCCGCCGAGGAUUUUGACGAUACCUCCAAUGCCUUCGGCCUGACACAGCCGGACAUUGUCGUGUGCAGCAAGAAACUCGCUGUCAUUGAGGAGCGAUUGUCUCGUGCCGUCCAUGUCCUCACCACCGAAACUACCGCCCUUCAGAAACUCGCCAAGCUCUACUCCUCAGACCGGGUUGCGCGCGAUGGCUUUACCCGCACCAUUGACGCAAUCAUCCACUCCCAGGCCAACAACAGCGGCAAGCUGGUGAUCAUUGGCGUCGGCAAGUCGGGACAUAUCGCCAGGAAACUUGUCGCAACCUUCAACAGCCUGGCCAUUGAAGCUGUCUUCCUCCACCCUACCGAGGCCUUGCACGGGGAUUUGGGCCAAAUUUCACAACACGACAGCCUUCUUCUCAUCACCUUCUCGGGCAAAACACCCGAGCUCCUGACCCUCCUCCCGCACCUCGACAAAUCCCUCCCCCUUGUCCUCCUCACCGCCCACACACGCCGGGAAACCUGUGAGCUCCUCCGCCACAGGCCAGACGCUAUCCUUCUCCCGGCGCCCGUCCACGAGACAGAGACCACAUCCUUCGGUGUUGCUGCCCCGACCACAUCCACCACCGUCGCUCUCACGGUAGGCGACGCCCUCGCCAUCGUCGCUUCGCGCGAACUCUACCCCAACUUGUCUUCAGUAUUUGCGCGGAAUCACCCGGGCGGCGCAAUCGGCGCUGCCCUGCGGAAGCAGCCACAGCCACGCGAUAAGGAUGUGCGGUCCGUCAUGAUCCCGAUGUCCGAUAUCCCACCUCUCCUCGAGAACACAUCCUCACCCGCAUCACCAACGAGUACAACGACCAUCGACUCAGGAACAGUAACAGGCUUGGAUGUUCUUCGAGCAGGAUACGCCUCCCCGUCAGGCUGGCUUCAGCUAUGUCCAUCUGCUCCACGACCCGGCAAUCACCCCAGCAGUGGCGUCAUCUCGCCACGCAAGAUACGCCGCCUAACGGCCGAGGACAUGGCCCGCGCGCUGGAGGACUUGCGGUGGUGGUUUGUCACGCCGAGGAGGGAGUUCAUCCCCGUUGCCGCGGAUACCAGCGUGCAGAGGGCGGCUGAAUGGAUUAGGGGGUUGAGGGAUGUGGGUGGUGAGGCUCAGGGUGCGUAUGGCGACGAGGCGAUUGUCGCUGUUAUGGAAAACGGGGAGUGUGUUGGCUUGUUGGAGGUGGGGAGGUUGCUUGAGAUGGCUUGA